AUGCCCUUGUACAUCUUGCACGUGCCGGCCGUGGCUCUGUGCGGCGGCCUCGUCAUGUUUGGAGUGACGAGUGAUCGAGGUUUGCACUGGAUCUGGCCCAGCGUUGGAGGUGGUCUAUUAGGAUUCGGGUUGGGGAGCAUUACGGAUGCCUGUCUGACAUGGGUUAUGGACAGUUAUGUGGAUAUCACCGGAGAAGCAUUCACGGGCAUUGUCCUCAUCAGGAACACGUUCAGCAUUGGCAUCACCUUUGCCGUCACCCCGUGGAUGCAGACGAGUGGCCUGACCAGCAUGUUCAUCACAUGCAGUCUCCUGAGUCUUGCCGUGAGCCUCACCAUGUUGCCCAUGGUUUACUACGGCAAGAGGUUCCGGCGCGCGACGGCGCGCAGAUAUCGCGCCAUUGCUGCGUCGCCAAAGUCUAUCUAG